UAAGUAGGCUGAUGCUGAGCAUGCCUGAGCAUGUUGUUACUCAGUCCAAGCAAUUGUUUGAGUAGAGCUGAGCAAGUAUUUGACCACGACACGCAGCAAUGGGUUGGUAUAUAGACGGUCCACAGCCAACGCUCUGACUUGGCCUCUUGAUAUUCCUUUCAGCAAUCCAGUUCGUUCCACCAAGCCUUUCCAACUUGAUUCGUGCACUGUGAAGAGCUGAGUUUGUCAUCCGAAUUCUCGUCGAUAUUGUUACACCCACUCAAGCAGACACAUCAUCACCAUCAAUACCACAAACACAACGCGAGCCAUGUGCGGCGACUCUCACUUGCCACCAGCGCCUGAAUCAGGCGACCUCGUCGCCAUCAUCCAUUCCACUUCCCAGUCAACAUUCCAUGGUCGUUUGAGACUAUCAAAUCGGACGCCCGGCGCAACAACGUCGAGUUUUGAAUGCGCCAGCCAGACAAGCAGUAGUCUCUGUGACAACUAUAUGCCAGCACAGCCUCUGAGAGUGAGGAUCCACAGAUACGGACAGCCGUUGUCAAUAUUCCAGAACGCAAACAGCGACACAGAGUCUGACUCAGAAGACGAUAGCUCCUUGGUCAACCCCAUAAUGCACUCAUUCCUGGUCAAUGUCGCCACAGUCUCCAGCACAGGCGAUGAGCGGCUCAACCUUGGUGUUGGCGACGAUGGCAUCGUAGGAAGGACGGUCUCCAUGCUUGACGGGCGAAGUAAGCGAAUCCUCGGCGAGGGUGUGAUUGGACGGAGUUGAGGUCAUGUGUGGAGGCUAUGUGUAUUUCUCCCAGCAUUUUUCGGGGUUUCGGGCAGUCCA